GGCGGCGGUUAUGAGACGUGCGGCCCCUUUGGCGGCGUCGGCGGUUUGCGGUUGCCUAGCGACCUGCGGGAGCGACCGUGCUCGGCGGGGGUCCGUUUGUUUCCCAAUGGAAACAAAUUCAGACAAAGAUAAACUUUCCAGACCAUCCUAUGUUGCCAGCAUGGAGCUAUGUGAAAGACCAGGACUGAGGUCUAGUUUGGAGCCUAGGGGACACAUACAAGUUUGCCUGCGCAUUAAGCCCUUCACAGCACUGGAAAGAGCAAAUGGAUCUCAGGGGUGUGUUUCACUUGAGGACUCAACAAGCGUUAUACUGAAACCCCCUAAGAGCUCCUGGAGUCGACCGACUGACAAAACUGCAGGACAGGCGAUACAGAAAUUCAGCUUUUCACGAGUGUUUGGACCUGAAACAACUCAAGAAGAAUUCUUUGAAGGUACAGUGAAGCAGCCAGUGCUAGACUUCCUAGAAGGAUGUAAUCGCCUUGUUUUUACGUAUGGCGUUAGAAAUGCUGGGAAAACCUACACAUUCCAAGGGACAGAAGAUGAUGUUGGUAUUUUGCCAAGGACGAUGGAUAUGUUGUUUAAAACUAUUGGAGGAAGGCUGUACACAAAAAUGGAUCUGAAACCUAUUCGGUGGCGAGAUUACCUAAAACUGACCAAAGACCAAGUGAGAGAAGAAGCUGCUCUUAAAAAUUCCUUGCUUCGUCUGACAAAAGAGGUAGACCAUCGCAAUAGCCCUAACGGCAAAGCACCGGCUGAUUCUAAGGGUGUAGGAAAUCUCUCAAAAGGAUCAGAACAAUCUAGCAGAUUAUCUCUAGAUAAUUUCUCAAAGUUCUCUGUUUGGGUUUCAUUUUUUGAGAUUUACAAUGAACGUUUUUAUGAUUUACUGGCUCCUAUGUCAGAUGACAAGAAAAAAAAGACACUUGGCCUUUCUCCAGACAACAAGGGAUAUUCUUACGUGAAAGGUCUGCAGUGGGUUCAGGUCUCUGAUUGUGAAGAAGCUUUUAGACUUUUUAAACUGGGCCAGAAACACCGGAGUUUUGCAAGCACAAAGCUGAAUGCUUGCUCCAGCCGAAGCCACAGUAUAUUUACCAUCAAGUUACUAAAAAUUGAAGACCUUGAAAUGCCACGAGUGACACGAGUCAAUGAGUUCUCCCUGUGUGAUCUUGCUGGUUCAGAAAGGUAUACCAAGACGCGCAACGAAGGUGAUAGGCUGAAAGAGAGUGGAAAUAUCAAUACGUCUCUCCUGACUCUAAGCAAGUGUAUUAGUGCACUCAGGAUCAGUCAGCAGUCAAAGGUGCAGCAGCACAUACCGUUUCGGGAGAGUAAGUUGACGCACUUUCUUCAGGGAUUCUUCAGUGGAAAAGGGAAGAUACACAUGUUAGUAAACAUCAGCCAGUGUGCUUCAGCCUAUGAUGAAACGUUCAAUGUGCUGAGGUUCUCAGCUCUUGCACAAAAAGUUAUAGUAACGGAUGCAUCUGUUCCUCCUCGUGAUGAGUCAUUUGGCCAGAACUCAGCCAGUGGGUCAUCAACGCCUUGUUGCUCUAAAAUGACCGUCCCAAGGAGAAGCACUGGAUUUCUGUGGGACCGGACCCUAGAAGAUGGAGUGGAAGAUGAUGACUAUGAGAUGGAGCAAGAACAUAAGAAGUCAGGAGAAGAAACAGUGCUGAAAUAUGAAGAAAAUAAAGUCCUGGUAGGGAAAGAAGAAUAUUCAGCACUGCUGAGUCUUGUGGAAGACUUGAAGAACCAACUUAUUGCUGAGAAGAAGGACAAGUUACUGCUGGAACUGAAAAUUCGUGAUGAAGUGGCCCAAGAAUUUACCCGAUAUUUUGCUCAGCAGGAAACAGAGUUCAAAGAAUGCCUUUCCCAGGAACGAGAACGGCUUGAAGAAAAUUCUGAAAAGCACCUUGAAAUUUUCAAGGAACUUGUAAGUGGUUAUGCUGACAACCCAGGCGAAGAGAAACUAAAGAAUCUGCCUCGCAGCGAACAAGCUGAACCCCUGGGUGGAGAACAUAGCGCUGUGCCUGACACCUGUGCUGAUCUUGAGGGCAUUCUUGAUUCUCUGCAGCGUGAUGUUAUGGAUAUUAAAAAGCAAGCUGUGGCAGCAUAUAGUUACAUUGCAUCCCUAGAGGAUCCACAGGAAGCUAUUGGUCGGCUUGAGGAGCAGCUGGAAAAAACUGGCUUUGAACUCAUGAAGACCAAGGAAGAGCUGACAGAGAAAAACACCAAACUACUGAAAACUGAGGAAGAGCUGAGACAGAAGAACAAAGACUUUGAAAUGAAGGUGAUUCAAUUGGAUGAGUCUGUUGAGCAACUGAAAGAAGCAACUGAGAGAAUGAAUGUGCAAAACGAAAGGAUUCAAGAGCUAACAGACAUCGUGGUGCAGAAAGAUGCCAUUAUUACAAAGCUACAAGACUUGAGAUCUCAUUUAGAAGAAAAAGUGAAGGACUAUGAAAAUACUAUAACUACUUUUAAAACAAAGCUGGCAAAUGAGAACUCUAAUAAAGCUAGUGAAAGCAGCCGAUUCAAGGGACGUGAGGAAAGUGAGUUGGAAGUGGGCAGAAAGCACUGUUUUGAAGAUAAGCCUCCUGUGAAAGAGCCACCUCCAAAGAAAGUUGUUGUGAAGGAGAGAAAGAAAAAGAGCACUCUAGAGCAAAAGAGAAUUGAACACGUGACGCAGAAGUGCUCUGCGUACCAUAUGGAAGUACUAGCACUGAGGGAAAGAUCUGAAACCUCGGAACGUCACUUAGCUGUGCUUGAAGAGCAUUGCAGGAGAGAAGAAAAUAAAAAAGAAGGUCUCAGUAAGCAGGUCACAAGCCUGCGUACUAAGCUCUCUUUUUCUGAAGAAACAGCUGCUGACCUCUGUGAACAACUUCGGCAGUGUCAAGCUGAGUAUCAGGAAAUUGCUUCUGAGCUGGAUGAACAGAGAUCUGUAAAUAUGGGGCUGGAAGAAAAAAAUGUUCAACUAAAUAACAUCAUAGAAGCUGCCAAACAAAACAUAAUUGAUAAAGUGUCACAAGUAAAAGCAGUGCAGACCAAAUUAGGUGACUUAUACAGAUGUCACUUAGAGUCCUACGCUAUCGAUACUGACUUAGUCAAUGUAGAGGAUUCCUCAGGCUCUGAGGAAGAUGAACCAGAGAGAUCUCAAAUUAGUUCUGCAUGCCUUCAGUCACAGGCUUCUUCUAUGUCAGAUCUUGCACAGGACCGCUCCUUUUACCACGGUCUUGAAAGGAUUUGGGAAGCAUGCAAAAGUAUUAUUGAUGUUUCCUCACAAAAAAGUCAGCGGAUCGAAGCACUGCUUCAAGAUGUUGAAAGCCUAAGGAAGGGACUGAAAGAUGCUGAGAAUUGUAAUAAUCGACUUGAAAUGAAGCUAAGCGAGGUUACAAAUCCAGGUAGUCAGAAAGAAGAUCCUAUGAAUCAGUUACAAGAGCAAAUAGAAAAGAAAACCUGGGACUUUGAAAAAAAGGCUGCGGGAGAUCACAGAGUAAUUGCACAAUUUGAGGAGGAAGUUGCCAACUGUGAGGUAAAAAUAAGAGAGCUUGAAUGUCUCCUGGAAGCUUUCAGAGCAAAGGAAGGCAGCGUGACAAAACUCGAAGAGUUACUUAAGGAAAAGGAAUCCAUUAUUGUAAACCUAGAAACAGUUAUGGCAGCUCUGCAGGAGAAGUCUGCUAAUGAAGACACAAAGGUUGAAGAGCUAAAUAAUGAAAAAGCAAAUCUGAUGGAAGAAGUUGUGCAGCUGAAAAACAGCUUGGAGCAGAUGAAACACUCUCUUUGGGAAAAGGAAAAGAGCGAAAAGGAGAAAAUGCAAACUAUAGAAUCGCUUAAAAAGGCUGUUGCUGAGAGCUCUGUCCUUGUGCGGAAUUUGAAAAAAGAUUUGCAGAGGAAAGAAGAAGAGUAUGCAGACUUAAAAGGCAAACUUCCUGAUGCCAAGAAACAAAUUCUGCUAGUACAAAGCGAGGUUUCUGUGGAACAGAACAAGAAGGAAAGCGACCAUGUAAUCAUCAAGUGA